UUCCAAAACAAAAUAAACAUAUUCUCUUUUUCUAGUCCUCUUGGCACCCAUUUGGUACACUGAAAUGGUAGUGAAACUCGCACUUUAAACGAGCGAUCAAUAUAUGAAUGCUUGCAUUUGUUGGUACUCUCGACUUACGAUUACUCCAAAAGCUUGCUGGCUGCCUGCUUCGGAGCUUCCUACUCAAGGUCGGUUUAGUUGGGUAAGUCAAGAAAUAGCUAAAAUGCUUAUACAGCUGCCAGGAUAAUGGAUUCUCACUCUUUCUUUACUAAAAGGGCGAAAAUUGUGGUAGACAGCUCGGCAAGGCUAAAGGAAAAGGAAGCGAGGACUGGAGUUUUGGGGAAGAUAGAGAUGGAGAUGUAAAAGAUGAAAGCUUGGCCUUUGAUCUGCUCGGAUCUAGAUUUUCAAGCUUUGAGCGGGGUAGAUUGUCCCAGAUCUGCUUAUACAAUUGCACUGUUGAAAUAUUUUAUUGAGCUCAAGGUGGGCAGGACUUAUGCAAAGGGAAAAAGAGAUGAGUGGAAUGAGAAUCAAAGACCAUCUGGAGGAAUAUAUGCUUACAGCUGUGCACAGGAAAGAAAACAGGUCGGUUGGGUUACAUACCAGAUGACAAGGCGGCUGCAGGAGUUUUUAGUUCAAGGCUAUAUCUGUAUGUGGGUGUAUUCAACGGCAUUUUAGGUAGACAGUUUUAGGCUCACAAUUCGACCGGAUUGGCAGUUUUGGGGUUCAUCGGUUUUCAUUCCAAUGUAUGGAUAUCAAGUCGAUUGACAGUUUUAGGCUUGUCUGUGAGAGUGUUUAGGUAACAUUCCGCUAAUUUCAGUGUUCACUGGCAGGUUUCGGGACAUCAAAUCUGGAUUCUCAGCAGUUUCGGAAUGUUGGUAGUCCUAUACUGCUAAGUUUUGAGCUCCGGAAAUUCUAUGGUGAUUCACAAUGUUGAGGUAAUAAAUUGGGCAUCUUCUGAAUGGACAGUUUACCCGGCAUUUUGGAAAAUGGGGCAGUUUUAGGAUUCGGCGUUUGUUGGAAAUCAUAUUGGUUGAUUGGUGUGAGAGGGCAUUAUUGAGCUUCCUCCGGUUACAUCCAGCUGAUUUAUACAUUUGCAAUUUUUGAGGACGUUUCCGAUCGACAGGGUUUAGUUUCUAUCCAGGGUGUGCAGGAAAACCACGAAUCAGGGCAAUGAUUUCUAGUUAGAACAUAUGAAAUGGAUUUGGGAAAUUCUUCGUCCAGCUGAUUUGUGACUUGCAAAAGAGUGGAGAAAAUGGCUCCUCCCCCAGUUUUGAGGCGUUCGCCUGUGAGGGAAAGACAUAGAAGGGGGCGAAGUGUGGAGAGUGCACUAAACGACAGGGAUCAGGAAGAUGAGCUUGCAUUAUUCCAGGAUAUGCAAACAAAAGAAAAGGACAAUUUCUUGCAUCAUUCCGGAGAUGACAGUGAUGAAUCCAUAUCUUUGAAAUUGAGGGGCUUAUCAGACUUCAGACUUAGUAUCUCAACUCCUGUUAACCGAGAGAGUAAUGAUUUGAUGAACAAUGAUGCUGACAAAAAUGAUUAUGACUGGCUCCUGACUCCUCCAGACACGCCUCUAUUUCCAUCAUUGGAUGAGAGGACUUCACCUGUCAGCAUUUCACAGAGAGGCCGACCUCAAAGUCAACCAAUUCGCAUACCAGGACCAUUGAGGAGCGAAAGUAGUUCUAGGGCUGGUCGAAGUAGUGCUAGUCCACGGCGAUCAAGCCCAUCACCUGGUUCAAGCAGUGUUAAUACAUACUCAAAACGUAGGGCAUCUCCAGGCCCAAGUGCAAGUGUGAGUCCCACUCUGCGGUCAUUAACACCUUCUGUGAGGGUCUCUACAGCCACUUCCAAGCCUUCCACACCACCUAUAAGGUCAACUACUCCAACACUUAGGAGAUCUAGCAUUGGUUCAGGUAGUGUAGUAGCAAAAGGUGGAUCAUCAUCAGGGAAAGCAAUCCGUGGUAGCUCUUCCUCCCCUAAGUUGCAGUCUUGGCACUCAAAUAAUCCUGAAUUUGCAGCAGAGCCACCUCCAAAUCUUCGUACAUCUAUAAGUGAUCGUCCAACAUCGAGCACAAGAGGGUCAUCUCCUGCAUCAAGACGUGGAUUAUCUCCUGUCUCAAAGCGUGGGUCAUCUCCUGCAUCAGGGCAUGGAAUAGAGUCUGGAACAAGGCGUCAGUCUGUGUCUCCAACAGUUUCUAGAAGUGCUAGCUCUUCAAAUAGCCAUGAACGGGACCGUUUUAGCUCCCAAAGUAAGGGCUCUGCUGUUUCAUCAUGUGAAGAUGAGAUGGAUUCCGUUCAAUCUACAUUUUCAGGGAAGAGAAGAACAAGUACCGUAGGUGUUUUGGGUCGGCAAGUAACAAGAAAACAGGAACCAUAUCCACACAGCAAAAUUCAGUCAUUCUCCAAUCGAUCCACAAGAUCAACAGCAAUGGCUAACAUCUCAAUGAGCUCUGCACCAAAGAGAUCCUUUGAUUCUGCAGGGCGCCAAACAGAUGUUCGUCGAAAUUCUCAAAGUAUGUUCAGGCCCUUACUGUCUAGUGCACCAGCUACAUCAUUUUAUGCCAACAAAGCAAGUAGCAUACAACGCAGGACAUAUUCCAUGAACUCUUCAAUGACCACAAGCAGUAAUGCGAGCUCUGAGCAUGGUGCAAGUGUCAUGCCUGACAUUGAAGGAAGUGAGCAUGAUCAAGAUGAUGCAGGAAGUGAAUGGGAAAAAAGUUCAUUUCCCCAUGUUCAAGAGGAUGUAUUAGUUGUUGAUAAGAUAGAAGUAAAACAUACAGAUUCCAAGACUCGCUCCCCAGGUAUUGAUGGGCAGCAAGAGGAUGGUCCUGACCAUGAUGUCACUGGGAGUAUCUCUGUCACCACAGACAUCCACCUUGAUGCACACAAGGAUUAUAGCUUUUCUGAAAUGAAGUCAAGUGACUUGGAUUAUUGGAAAAAUGGAAAGGUGGUUGUGGAUAUGAAGGUGAAGAGCCUACCCAAUGUCAUAAAUAAUGGUUUAUCUGAUUGCAAUCACAAUGAUGCUAUUGGCUCUACUAUACUCAAUGAUCAUGUGGCUGGCAUGGUUAAUGCUAAGGUCGGUGAAUCAGAUUCUCAUAGAAACGAAUUUGCCCGAAAUAUUGUUGAUGACUCUGCAGAUGGCACAUUUGUGGAUAUUCAAGUGGAUGUUCCAGGAAAGAAUUCUAUCCUCAAAAGAGAUAACAAUGGCACCCGGAGAUAUCUUCAGGCUUCUCUGCUAAGUGAUUUAGACACUGGUACUGUGCAGAAAUUUAACUGUACCUCUGGGCAAGAGUCAUCUAUUCCUAAAUCUGCUGAAAAACAAGAUGCUGAAAUUGGUCCAUUUCCAUCAAAACAAGCCGAGAAUAUUGAACCAAGAUACCUGGAAGAGAGCAACCUUAUUGAAUCUGUUGGAAAGAUUGAAAAUCAAAUUUUUCCAAAUAACUUUACAGAGGCUAAGCAGCAGGAGAGUGUGUCUAAAUUAAUAGGGGAGGAGGGAACUAAAAAAGCUGGGAUUAGAGAUGAUCUUCGAUGUAUCACAGGUAUACACUUGCAGGACACACAUGGAAAAGUUUCUUUGGAGAGUAAGGGGGAACUUUCACGUGUGUCUUCAGUUUCAAUGAAUUGUUUGAGCAGGGCAAACAGUUGCAAGUGGCCGGUUGUGCAUUCAAAAGUUGUGAAUACUGCUGAUCUGCGGGAGGAGGGUUUGCGUCUCAGACGAUCUCUAAAUGAUUUGAAGAGCAUAAGGUGCGAGGAGAAUGCCUCAACUUCACAAUCUUCUGAUGCUUGCUCAAAACAAUCAGAGAUAAGGUUAAUACGUCAAAUGAGUGUUAGGAAACUAGAGAUAGAUAACCCUGCAAUGAGCUCUAACACCAAAGUGCCUUCUGGCAUGACUAAUUCAGCAAUGCGAGUACAGAAUGACACAUUUCAAAUUCCAGACCAUGGUGAGAAUGCUGCAACAGAAGUUGGUGAUUCCUUUAUAGAUGUUUUUGAAAGUUCAAGUUGGAUGCAAUCAAGAGCUUUAGAGCAUACUACAUCUGCCCCAUCUGAAGAACCUGGAAGAAGACAUCAAAGUGGCACACCAGAGAGUAUUACAAGAAAUAAUUUUAUUGAGUCAGUUUCAAUUUCGCAAAACAACCCACUACUCACAGAAAUGGAUUCAAAUAUCAAUGAAAAUCUUGUAUUGAAAAUUACAACAGAAGGACAGUGCUGUCCAUCUGAUAUAGUUUCAAACAUGGAAACUCAGGACUGGCAGGAUGUAUGUACUGAAAAUUGUGAGAAUAGUUGCUCCUGUUCUGAACAACUAGGUGAGGAUGGAAUUGUAGACAAGAAGCAGGCAGAAGCACAAGGUCAUGAGCAAGAUAGAAAAACCGCAGACAAUGAUUGUUGUGUGCAGUUUUCAUCAGAUUUAGUUGUUCCAAAUGAACAGAACAUUGCCGAGGGAGGAUGUUUCAAUAACUUGAACGAUACUGAUAAGUGUUGUCAAAAUGAGGUUACUGCUUCUCAUACUGAGCAGAAUUCUAUAGAGAUUCCAACAGAGCCUUCUUUUCCAUCCACAUCCGAAGAGAAUGGCCAGAGCCAAGAUAUGUUUCCAAACCAUCCUCAGGCAGACGGUUCUAAGGAGGAAUCUACCCAUGUUUCUCAGGAGGAAAACAAUAUCAAGGCUGAUGCUCCAAGAGGUCUCUCGAGAAGUCUCACCCUGGAAGAAGCUACAGAUACCAUAUUGUUCUGCAGCUCUAUAGUCCACAGUCUUGUCUAUAAGGCUGCAACUAUUGCCAUGGAGAAGGAAAAUUGUUCAUCAACUGAAGUUCUCCGACCCAUGGUCACCAUUGUGGGGAAGACUGAAACAGAUCACAGAAAUUCAUGUGCUAGAGCUUCAGGACGACGGACUUCAAAAUUUCACAAGAUAAAGUCAAGGCAAACAGCAGCUCACCUUCAAGCUCCAUCUUGUAAUAUCGAGACCAAUUUGAAGAAUCAGGAACCAGUGAUGCAUGUUGUAACUAAUCCAGAGAGUGCUGACACUCUGAAACCCCCAACUAUUAAUUCAAAGUGCAACUGCACUAUUAUGUAAGAGUUAUAUAAUUAUUUUUAGUUGUAACUUCUUAUCUAUGAGUCGGCUUGCAUUCAACCUAAGAAUCUAUAAGAGUGACAUGAGAAAACACAGUACACCUGAUUAGAAGGUUAGUGUAAUCUGCAAAGUGUGUGGAGAGCAUUGCAGUUGUGUAUGUAAUUUUAGAGAUUUUAUUCUCACUGGGCUGAGUAUGCCCAACUGAUUUUAUUAGAUGAGAUCCAAUUAUUUUUAGGUUCCUAUUAUAAAACACCACUUUGUGCUGGUGACAAAAUCAUGUAAAUUCUGGCCAUUCACGGAAUGAGGUAUUGGCAGAGAUGAAUAUUUUACAGUUUCGUCAGGAGAAAAAAUGUGAGCAGUCCAUUUGCAAUCCUAUAUUCUUAUAUGAUAGCAUAAUUACUUGAUGUCAUGGAAGAUAAUAUUGAGUUUCAGAAGUUUGGCUUGA